AUGGAUCCUCCCAGUUCCGAUACCCCCUACAAUCCUGCCAGUCUAUACGAUGGUGUUCCACAGGAGGACUUUGAAAUUGAUACUCUUUCAGCUGCCGAUUUCUACCAUUUUACCAGGUUUGACUUUGACGAUCUCAAGAGAUUAGCCAAACUACUUCAGAUCCCCGAAGUUGUCUAUACCUGA